GCAGGGACAGAGGUGGCCCCCAGGCCUGCGGUCGGCGCGGUCCGGGGAGGGACCAGCGGACUUCGCAGAUUUCCAUCACUUGGGAUGUUUGCCUGCUGGAAGGUGAAGGAGAUAACGGACAGAGAGGCGCGUCCAGCAUGGCUUUAACUGGGCUCAGACUGCUCACUGGUGCUCUAAGAAAGCCAGACGCCUGGCUUGGACUCUGGGGUGUGCUUCAAGGAACCUCUCCACACAAACUCUGUGCUUCCUGGAAUCGAUACUUAUAUUUUUCUAGUUCCAAGUUAAAUGCAUCAAAUUAUAAAACACUUUUCCGUGGCAUUUUCCCUCUGCGACUCCCAGGGCUGUUAGUAGCUCCAAAAUGUACUUUUCCAUUUUCCAUACGACUCAAAAGCAAUAUAAACUCCAAAAAAUCCACUAGAAAGACUCUGCAGAAAGAUGCAGAUGAAGAGGACUCCGAUGAGGAGAUCCAUCACCCCGAGAGGAGUGAGCAGGAAGAAGAGCUUGAGGAUGACCCUGGCGUAGUCAAGGACUACAAAGACCUGGAGAAAGUGGUCCAGUCUUUCCGGUACGAUGUCAUCCUGAAGACAGGCCUUGAUAUUGGGAGAAACAAAGUAGAAGAUGCAUUCUACAAAGGUGAACUCAGACUGAAUGGAGAAAAAUUAUGGAAGAAGAGCAGAACGUGUUCCUCAGACAGGCAGGUCUGUUCAGUACUCCUCCAGUUCCCUGACUGAUGCUCAUCCAUCUGCCAGUCAUCUCCGUCAGGAAAGUACUGCCUGGGUCCAGCCCCUCUGCUUGAGGCUCCCUCAUAUGCCUACCCACAAUGCAACUUAGACCUAGGGUGACUGUCAGAGAAGUCAGGGCUCUUCUCACUUGUUCUUCCUGUGUGACAACCACCACAUUAAAACAAAGUGUGGGGGGGGGUGCUGGAGAGAUGGCUCAGAAGUUAAGAGCACUGACUGCGCUUCCAGAGGACCCAGGUCAGUUCUUGGCAUUCAUGUGGUAGCUCAUAAUUAUCUGCAACUCAGUUACAGGAUUUUUUUUUUCCUGAGACAUGGUUUUUCUGUGUAGCCCUAGCUGUCCUGGAACUAGCUCUAUAGACCAGGCUGGCCUUGAACUCACAGAGAUCCACCUGCCUCUGCCUCCCAAGUGCUGAGAUUAAAGGCUGGCUCAGUUCCAGGAGUCUUGACGCCUUAACACAGAUGUACAAACAGGGAAAACACCAGUGCACAUGAAACUGAACAACAACAACAACAAAGCAGGGCUGUUUGGAUCGGAGUA